AUGGGUGGACAGAGUCGUCGUAGGAGUUCAAGUGCGGCAUUCCAACAUCGCGCUGAUCAAGUGCAUUUUGUUCCUUUCGAUGGUCAUGAUGAUACGGGACGACCUUCUCUCAGCGCAAUGAUAAUGAAGACCCGGCGGAAAAUGAAGUCUCGCCAAUUCAUACUGCUGAUUAGCAUUUUUACCUUAGCUACAUUUUCGAUAUUCUACCUACGAGCGCCUUUUCCGUUGGAGGGCUCACCAAACCCUUUGAGUUCAUCUAAUCAGAAAUUGAAACCGCCAAGCAUACCUAAUACUCGAAUACCUACUACUGUUGAUACUGAGAAGAAGCCGCAGACAGCGUCAUAUCAUAUUGGACCUUCACACCCAAUUUACCAAUUAAUCAAGGAUAAUGAACAAGCAUUUGAGAACACGAAGGCAAAACAAUCAAAGACGCUGGAGGAAGCAGUGGCAGAAUAUAUAAAACGAUAUGGGAUACCUCCCCCUCCUAACUUCGACAAAUGGUACAAUUUCGCAAAGUCAAAAGGUGUGCAACUUAUCGAUGAAUAUGAUAACAUACAUACCUCUUUAACGCCAUUCUGGGGACUAAAACCGGCAACAAUAAGAGGAAGGGCACGAGAAGCAUUGGGCUUUCCAAAUAACCUAAUAGGACUGCUGAUCAGAGGAGGAAAGGUCACGAAGGUCGAGGGAGGGAAUCAAUGGCAGCAAGAAGCUACAGUUGGGAUGAUGAAGCCAUUUUUGAAUUAUCUCCCUGAUAUGGACCUCUGCUUCAACAUUCACGAUGAACCUCGCGUGGUCGUGCCAUAUGAUGAUCUAGCUCGGCUGGUACAUAUUGCGAAGGAUCAGAAUAUGCCAAAUGCGAAUUCAGUCGAAGCACCGAGGAAUUCUUGGUCCCCCAGACCGAUUGAUGUUGUUAGCGAUGGCUUACGAGUGCCGGAGGUCAAAACCACACGAUUCAAUGUCUUUUCUCAUCAGCCAACCUGGACCCAUUCGAGGAUGUCUUGCCCGCCAGAUAGCGCCGCCAGGAGUCUCAAUGAUGGAUUGAAAGAGGAUAAUUACGCUAGUUAUGCUGUGACGGAAUUGGGAUUUGUAUACAACCAAACAGCAUUCUCCGAUAUCUGCCAAUCUCCUUCUUUCAGUGAAUCCUUCGGAUUUUUCGAUCGGCCUAACGCCUUCAACGUCGUACAUGACUUGUUCCCAAUUUUCUCGCAAUCAAAAAUUUCGUCGUUCUCCGAUAUAUUAUACCCAUCCCCUUGGUACUGGUAUGGCAAGGUGCCAUAUGAGGAAGCCGAGGACAAAGCAUGGAAGGAUAAAGAUGAUAUGAUAUACUGGAGGGGUUCGACAACCGGAGGCUUUAGUCGAGAUGGUGGCUGGAGACGGCAACACAGGCAAAAGGUGGUACAAAAGGUCAAUUCCGGCGAUCAAGCAAAAAUAAUGGUCAAUCGGGGCGAAGAGACAAAGGAAGACUGGCAGGUGAAGACUGUGCCACGGAGCGAUUUCAAGGAAAUAUUUGAUAUUUUCUUUUCCCAUGUUGGACAAUGCGAUCCUGGGGAUUGCGAUGCACAAAAACAAUCUUUCGAUGUCAAGGAACAGGCCAAGCAGCAAGAUGCGUGGAAAUAUAAGUAUCUACUUGAUAUGGAUGGAAAUGCUUUCAGUGGAAGGUUUUACGCAUUCUUGAAAAGCAAAAGUUUAGUCUACAAAAUGGCUGUCUUCAGAGAAUGGCAUGAGGAAUGGUUAAAGCCUUGGGUGCAUUACAUCCCUUUGAGCUUGAGAGGAGAUGAAUGGGUCGAGGCAGUACGAUGGUUUGCGGGAGAAGAUGUUGGGAAGAAAGAAGCGGAGCGAAUCGCCCUUCAGGGAAGAGAUUGGGCGAAUCAUGUGCUCAGAAAUGCAGACCUGGAAGUAUGGUUCUUCAGGUUAAUGCUUGAAUAUGGUAGAUUAGUUGACGAUGACCGAGAAAUCAUCGGUUAUACAGGAACAACGGGAUCGACAUGA